CAACCUCAACUCCCUCUCCUACGCUUCCCACGCUAAAAGACCCCUCCAUUUUUGACAGUUCUACGUGCUUCUCUUCAGGUUCAUUCAUAAUGGCGUCUGGUUACGGUCUCAAUGGCGGUCCUUCCCGUUGCUAUGGUUUUUGGCAGGAAGUCCUUGGUUGCUACGUCGUCAAUUCCGGCGAGGGCGAGACCGGCAAGAAGAAGUGCAUGCCCGCAUUGGAGGACUACUACGAGUGUCUGCACCACAGAAAAGAGGCUCUCCGCACGAUGAAGAUGCAGGCUGCCUACCGCAAGGCCGAAGCUGCACACCCCCGUGAGAACGCGCCUAAGGCGGAACAGAUUCGUAGUCUGGGGUUGUUAGGGAAUGAAGAACAGUCGGCAGAUGUGUUGGCGAAGGCGUCAUGAAGGAGGAUGCGCAUACCCGGGAUACGGUGGAUUUGUUACUUUACGUUUGCGCGUCUUUGUUUUUUACUCCAUGCCAUGGAUUAUGGGACUGUAUAGAAUGGACUAUUCAAUUUCGAGCUGUACGGAGUACUCUGUAGAUGACUGAAUAUAUAUAUCUGGGACAAUGUUACAUUGCCGGCUCAACUGUG